AAUUCAAGGAUCAAUUGGGAGAAGGGGCCUAUGGAACUGUUUUCAAAGGAAGGCUUUCCAAUGAUGUUUUGGUCGCAGUAAAGGUCCUCACAAUUUCAUUGCAACUAGGGAGGAGUUCAUUAACGAAGUGGGAUCAAUGUGCAGCAGAAUCCACCAUGUCAAUGUUACUCGCUUGAAUGGAUUUUGUGCUGAUGGAAAUAAGCGGGCUCUUGUUUAUGAGUACAUGCCAAAUGAGUCCCUAGAGAAGUUCAUAUUUGUAGCUAAAGUAAAAGAUCACCGCCUUGGUUGGGAGAAGCUUCAAGAUAUUGCUAUGGGGAUAGCCAAAGGAAUUGAGUACUUGCAUCAAGGUUGUGACCAGCAAAUCCUUCAUUUUGAUAUCAAGCCUCACAAUAUCUGGCUAGACAAAAAUUUCAAACCAAAGAUAUCUGAUUUUGGUCUAGCGAAAUUGUGUUCCACAGUUUCCAUGACAGCAGCUAGAGGAACCAUGGGAUAUAUAUUGCACCUGAGGUAUUGUCUAUAAAUUUCAGAAGAGUUACACAUCAAUCAGAUGUUUAUUGUUUUGGAAUGCUAUUGUUGGAAAUGGUAGGAGGGAGGAAGAAUAGUAAUGCUACAGUGGAGAGUACGAGUCAAGUUUAUUUAGAAUAUAAAAUGAAGGGCAUG